AUGUCGACACUCAACCUCACGGGUCAUCCCGACCCAAAGCUCGGCUCCGACCCGCUGCUCCUCCAGGCACUCGAGUCGUACGUCGAGCCUAUCAAGGCUGCUCUCGCUCAGAACAACAUCGAGGCAGCUGCCAUCCCAUCCAAGUCGGGCUCCCUCUCCGCAUCCGACCUCGCAGCCCUCCUCUUUGAUCUUCAGUCCUUCCAGGAAGAGUCGCUCGGCGUCAACGCGCCCCGCCCCGCCGACCCAUCCGCCUCGACCCCAAACACACGGCACCCCGUCCGCAUCCCCGCAGAGCUCUUCCUUCCCACCACCUCCCACCAGAGCACCGCCCUCGUCGACCCGCACAACAGCCCACUCAAGCUGCUCUUGCAAGAGUCGCUCGCAUUCCUCGCCUCCAACGCCAAGCAAACAUGGAACUUCUCCGACCCAGCGCAGAAGCUCGACAACGUCAAGCUCAUCGCUCACCUCCGUCGCCAGCUCUCCAACGCAGGCGUGCUCGAACAUCCUACCGUCGCCGUGUCCCCCUCCAUCACAGAGGCAGAGGCUGCAUCGCUCCGACACAUGGCUGAGCAGCUCGAGUGCAAGUGGUCCGACGACGUCUCGGCAGCCACACACGUCCUCUACCCAUCCGAGGUCACGCCCCCCUCCUCGCCCAAGCAAGGCGACGCCGCCAGCUCCACCACCUCGGAGGAAUACUUCAGGACCAUCGCAUCCAGAGCAGGCCGCGCACUCAUCCACGUCUGGUACCGCCCCGACUCCUACGACACCUGGCUCCCCGCCGCCGACUUUGCCGACCCGGACCCGGCGCCCGAGAAGCGUCUCCCCUGGAAGGUCGGCGCAAAGUGGCUGCGCGACAGCGUGCGCUUCAACGAGCUCAUGAAUGCAGAGGACUACGAGCAGGAAGACGCGCUCGACACCGCUGCCGCCUCGGCCGACGCCACCGCUACCACCGAGUCCGCCACCGAUGCCGCCAAGAGCAAGAAGCGCGGCCUGCCCGACGAGAUCACAGACGCCUCCUCCGCCGCCGCUGCAGCCGAGUCCAGCAGCAAACGCAUCAAGCUCCUCGUAGCUGCGCGCCCCGUCGGCGCCGUACCCAUCGACCUCUCGGGCUCCCAGCCCAUCAAGGGCAAAAAGUACGAGAACGAACCCGUGCCCAGCGGUGUUCUCGGCAACCUCCCCUCGGAGUCGGCAGGCCCCACCAAGGUCGAGGGCGAGCAGCCCGCCGUCAGGCCAGCCAACGACGCCGACGCCACCAUGGCCGAUGGCACCGCCUCCGACAAGCCCAAGGACGCGGCUGUCGACGAGUCCACCGAGGCCACGGUCGACCCCAAUGCGCCCGUCAUCCAGCCCGACGCUGCCGCCAUCGAGCAGCAGCGCAUCCGCGCCGAGGAGAUCGCCAAAAAGUACCUCGCCUCGCAGACGCAGGAGGUCAUCAUCCCCUCGUACUCCACCUGGUUCGACAUGUCCACCAUCAAUGCCAUCGAGAAGCGCUCCUUGCCCGAAUUCUUCAACAACAAGAACCGCAGCAAAACGCCUAGCAUCUACAAGGACUACCGCGACUUUAUGAUCAACACCUACCGCCUCAACCCCAGCGAGUACCUCACCUUCACCGCGUGCCGAAGGAACCUCGCGGGCGACGUAUGCGCCAUCAUGCGCGUACACGCCUUCCUCGAGCAGUGGGGCCUCAUCAACUACCAGAUCGACCCCGAGACGCGUCCAGCCACACUCGGCCCUCCCUUCACGGGUCACUUCCGUGUGCUCGUCGACACGCCGCGUGGAUUGCAGCCCAUGCACCCAGGCACACGCCUCAACCUGCCCACCUCUGCCAAUGCCACCGCUGACGGCGCUGCGGCAGGCGCCGACAAGCCAGACAUGAACCUCGAGCUGCGCAAGACCAUCUUCCAGUCCACCAUGAAGGGGUCCAAGCCCGUGGAUCUGGCCGAGGCCAACUCGCUGGCGGCGCAGGCCGACGCGGCUGUGCAGGGCGGCGCGGGCGGCGCACCGCGCUACACGUGCGACACGUGCGGCAGCGACUGCACGCGCGUGCGCUACCACAGCAUCAAGGCCAAAAACUACUCGCUAUGCGCAUCGUGCUACCUCGAGGGCCGCUUCCCCAGCUCCAUGUACUCGGGCGACUUUGUGCGCAUGGAGGACUCGGUGCUCAAGCAGAGCGGCGGCGUCACGGGCGGCGCUGCAGGUGCGCAGGACGACUGGACGGACGCAGAGACGCUGCGCCUGCUCGAGGGACUCGAGAUGUUUGACGACGACUGGUCGGCGGUGGCCAACCACGUCGGCACCAGGAGCCGCGAGCAGUGCAUCACCAAGUUUAUCCAGCUGCCCAUCGAGGACGGCUUCCUCGACGGCGCGUCGCAGGCGGACCUCGGCCCGCUGCAGUAUGCGCGCCGCGAUGCGGUCGACAAGCUGGGCAAGCCCAUCGUGCCGUUUGCGCAGGCGGACAACCCGGUGAUGAGCGUCGUCGCGUUCCUCGCCAGCGCAGUCAACCCGGCUGUCGCCGCCGCUGCGGCUCAGAGCGCGCUCGGCGAGCUGACGGACAACCUGCGCAAGCGCGCUGGCCAGGCCAAGUCCGGCGAUGCUGCCGAGGCCGACAAGGCUGCCGAGGCAGAGGACAAGGAAGACAAGAGCGAGGGCGCUCGGGCCAAUGGCGAUGCCAUGGACGUGGACGCCGAGCCCGAAUCCGCUGCUGCUUCCACCGACGUCGCCGUGGUGGACUCUGGCAAAAAGAGCGCUGCUGCUGGUGGGGCCGGUGCUGUUCCUCGAAACGCCGUGGAGCGGGCGGCGGCGAUCGCGCUGGGCGCGGCGGCGGCCAAGGCGCACGUGCUGGCGUCGUUCGAGGAGCGCGAGUGCCAGCGUCUGGUGGGCCAGCUGAUCGAGGCGCAGCUCAAGAAGCUCGAGCUCAAAAUGUCGCAGUUCGAGCAGCUCGAGACGCUGCUCGAGGCCGAGAAGCGCAGUGUGGAGGCGGGCAGGAGGCAGCUGUACGCCGAUCGGCUGGCGGUGCAGAAGCAGCUGGCGCUCGUCAACGAGUUGCUCCACAAGGCUGCUACGGCGCCGGAGAAGGUGAGCCAGCAGGACCUCGUCAAGGCCUCGAGCGCCGCCAAUGGAUUGCCCCAGCAAGGCCCCGUGGUGAGGGAGGCCAAUGUGCAGCCUGGCGACGCUCCCACGGGCGCCAACGUCGCCUCGAUCGGUUAA